AUACAUAAAAUCACGUUUGUCACUUUAGAAAAACUGAAACUGAACUGAACUAAACCUAGUAGUACUCCGAUAACUCCCAUGGCGGCUUCACCAAAUAACCAACUUUCUGAAACUAAAACCCUAGACUCCGCCGCCCAAACCAACGGCCAAGAUUCACCCCAACCUAGUUGCGAAUCAAUCCCGCCGUCCGAUCCCCAAUCAACGGCCGACACCAACCCCGGAGAGAAGCGCAAGCGGGACGACGAUGACCCGACCCAGAACUCGUCUCCCCACCCUCUAUGGAAAACCACCCUUUGCUCUUACUUCAGGCGUCAAGAUGGGUCCUGCACUCAUGGCAGCACUUGCAAGUACGCGCACGGCGAGGAGGAGCUCCGACCACGUCUGGAUAACACGUGGGACCCGACCUCAGAGCGAGCGAAGAAGGCGAUGAAAGGGGAGAAUGGGGAGAAGGUGGCAGCGAAGGAAGAGGAGGAGCAGGAGGUUAUGAUGACGGAGAUGGUUAUGGAUGGCGGGGAGGAUGGUGAAGAGUGUGGGGACCCUCAAUUGAGUAAAUGCUUGGUGCAUUUGCCAAGGAAAUGGCAUGGGGAUAAUUUGAGGAAGUUUCUUAGUGAACAAGGAAUUACUUUUAAAUCUGCAAAGAAAAAGAAAGGCAUGGUGGUUGGUUUUGUGAGUUUUGAAAAUGCAGAACAAUUGAAAAGUGCAGUUGAGGAAUUGGAAGGGAAAUCUUUUGGCAACAAGAAUUUGAAGGUUGCAAACGUCAUUCCUCGACCAUUUGAGAGGAAAGUGAAAUCAGCAAUGGCUGCGACUCUGAGCUCUCAACAGACUAUUGAUGAUGCAUCGAUCAAGGAGAAUGCAGGUGUCUCUAUCGCUUCAAACGAGGUACAAGAUGGUGCUACAAAUUGUGAUGGUUCUGCACUUGAUGAUUCCACCUCAAAGGCAAAAUGUGCACGUGAUGCAGUCACUCCCCUUGCUCAUAUGCCUUAUGGUGAUCAAUUGGAGCAUAAGAAGAAUUCUGUCAUGCAGAUGCUCAAAAAACUUACGAGAAAUGCACGUAAAGCAUGUCCUAACGGUGUUUCACUUCCUCAGUGGGUUCUUCAGUCUAGGGAAAGAGGCGGUCUUCCAUGUGAAGUAGAAGGUAUAAUUGAAUCACCAGUUGUAAAUGGAUACCGUAAUAAGUGUGAGUUUUCUGUUGGAUAUUCUCAACAGGGAAAACCAACUGUGGGGUUCAUGCUUGGGAAUUUUAGGGAGGGUGUGACGGCUGUUGAAGAACCUGUGGACUGCCCAAAUGUUUCUAAAAUUGCUUGCAGAUAUGCUUCAAUCUUUCAGGAGUUUUUGCAACAUUUAAGCUUCCCAAUUUGGAACAGAUUUAAAAAUACAGGAUUUUGGCGUCAGUUAACGGUCCGGGAAGGAAGAUCAGCUGGGAAGGUUGCAGAUGAAAAUUUUGAGGCCAAUAUUUCAGAGGUCAUGCUCAUUGUUCAGGUUUGCUCAGUUGGGCUUGAUGAGGCACAAGUAACCAAUGAGUUUGAGAGGCUCGCUCAAGCAUUUGCAGCAGGUGCUGCCGCAAAUUCUCCUCCUCUGCCUUUAAAUGUUUUUGUUGUUCAGGAUCAUCAAGGAAUAUCAAACGUGGCACCAACUGAUGCUCCAUUGCGUUCAAUACCCAUCCCGAAGACGGAAAGCAGCCUUCAGCCUGAGACAGCCAAUAACAUCAUAGAAGCUAGAAUUCAUGAUUGUAUAAGCAACCUUCGGUUUUCAAUAUCUCCAACAGCAUUUUUUCAGGUCAAUACUCUUGCUGCUGAGAAAUUAUACUCACUUGCUGGUGAGUGGGCUGGUUUGGGUCCUGAUACCUUACUGUUUGAUAUAUGCUGUGGGACCGGGACGAUUGGACUCACGUUAGCGCAUCGUGUUGGUAUGGUUAUUGGCAUUGAAAUGAAUGCUUCUGCAGUUCAAGAUGCGUAUAAGAAUGCUGAGAUUAAUGGGAUAAAAAAUUGUAGAUUCAUAUGUUCAAAGGCUGAGGAUGUAAUAGAGUCUCUGUUGAAAGAGUACCUCAAUGUUUCUGAAAAACAAGGUCAACUUUCAAGUGCCUUAGAAAGUAGUGAGAAAAGAAUAUUAACCGGUGAAGAGAAAGAUACAUUCACAACCAAUGCACGUAAUGAUGGAGAGAGCUCGUGCCAAGAGCCUGAAAAAUGUUCUUCAGAAAAUGAUGGAAAAGAGAUCCAAAAUCAACUUCAGGAAAGUUCCACAUCCAAAGAUGGAAAUUCUUCGGUGCCACAAUUCAAAAAUGUUGUUGCUAUUGUUGAUCCUCCACGUAUGGGACUUCAUCCCACUGUGAUCAAAGUGUUAAGAACUCAUGCUCCAUUACGCAGGCUUGUGUAUAUUUCUUGCAAUCCCGAAAGCUUAGUGGCAAAUGCCAUUGAGCUCUGCACUCCAUCUCCCGAGAAAGUUGAGAAAGGGAAGAAAGACAACCGAGGUUGGAGGAACAUGAGUAGUGCCGGUUUAGCACGGCACAGAGCCAAGUCUAUGCCUAUUUCAGAGCCUUUCCAACCUGUAAAAGCCAUGGCUGUCGACCUUUUCCCGCAUACUCCACACUGUGAAAUGGUAAUGCUCUUGGAGCGAUAGUAUGGCCUACACUCAAUGGAACAUGAAUAUAUUGCAGAAGAUUUAGUCGACAGUCUAGCAACAUAAAUUUUGAUGCUCAAAGUUGAAUCCUUCAUGUUGACUAUUGUUUUUAAAUUCCAUAAUGAAAUUUCCCUGGCAUGGGUGAACUUCCUCUUA